GAACUCUCAAAUGUUAUUCAAUUCAAUUAGUUCUCGAACUCUGUUUUUUGUAUUUUCUCUCUUCAAGAAAAGUUGAGAACAACCUAUAAUCCGAAAAAUUGGGUAUUCUUGUAUUAGUCUGCAAUGGACUGGGUUCGUGGUGAAAAAUUGGGAAAUGGAAGCUUUGGAAUGGUGAAUAUAGCUAUACCCAGAAGCCGGAACUGUCAAAUUCCACCAGUGAUGGCCGUGAAAUCUUGUGGCGUGUCACUUUCUGAUUCGCUUAUGAACGAGAAAUUGAUACUUGAUGAGCUUAAAGAUUGCCCGGAGAUCAUUCGUUGCUUUGGGGAAAAUUUUACUGAUGAAAACGGUGAGAAAUUGUAUAAUAUAUUGUUAGAGUAUGCUUCCGGCGGUGCUUUGGCAGAUAAGGUGAAGAAUUGCCCGGAUAAUGGGCUGCCGGAGAGUGAAGUCCGACGGUAUACGAAGGCUUUACUUAAAGGGCUUAAUUAUAUUCACAAGUUUGGUUAUGUUCAUUGUGAUAUUAAGCUUCAGAACAUUCUUUUGGGCCCAAACGGGGGCGUAAAAAUUGCGGAUUUUGGCUUGGCGAAGAGAGCUGAAAGGGAAAAAGUGGGUGAUUUUGGGUGUGAAUUGAGGGGUACACCGCUGUAUAUGUCACCGGAGAUGGCCACCAGAAACGAGCAGGGUCCUCCGGCGGACAUAUGGGCACUUGGGUGUGUGGUGGCAGAGAUGGUCGGCGGAGCUUCGCCUUGGAGGUGUUCCGGCGUGGCGGACCUACUGAUGAGAAUCGGCGUUCGUGGGGAGGUGCCGGAGGUGCCUGAAAAUUUAUCAUCAAAAGGAAAAGAUUUUCUUGGAAAAUGUUUUGCUAAUGACCCGAGUAAACGAUGGACGGCUGAAAUGCUUUUAAAUCAUCCCUUCGUUGAUGAUCAAGAUUUCGAUGACACUGUUACAUUGAAAGAAAGACAUGAUGAAGAUAAUGCCUCGACCUCUCCUAGGUGUCCAUUUGAUUUCCCAGAUUGGACAAUUACAUCUUUGCCCUCCCCGGAAUAUUCAUCGGAAUCUGGCUCUUGGUUUUGCAAAGAGGUCAUUUUGAUGACCGGGUCAAUGUCCACUCCGCCGGUGGAGAGGCUACAGGGACUAGCGAGCAAUCAUCAGCCUCAUUGGUUAAGUUCGGACGAAUGGCUCAGUGUUAGAUGAAACGAAAAUUAUUAUAGAAGACUCACAUUUUUGGAGAUUUAUUUCUCUAGGCCUGAUUUUUUUUCCUUGUACAUAAAAUUGAUAAAGUAUUACUCCAUGUUAAUAUUAUCGAACAAUUGUAAAUAAAAUUUUAACUUUUUAUUCAUUUUAA